AUGGCAGCAGUUAACAGAUUCAAGGUAUUCUUUGAUAUGGCACAAGGAUCAAACAAAUUGGGUAGAAUCACAAUGGAAUUGUUCAAUGAUGUCACUCCAAAGACUGCUGAUAACUUUAGAGCUCUUUGUACUGGUGAAAAGGGUAUUGGUAAAUCAGGUAAACCACUUCACUACAAGGGUUCAAAGUUUCACAGAAUCAUCUCAAAGUUUAUGAUUCAAGGUGGUGACUUUACUCAUGGUAUUGGUAUUGGUGGUGAAUCAAUCUACGGUGCCAAGUUUGCUGAUGAGAACUUUAAGAUUCCACACAAGACUGGUGUCCUCUCUAUGGCUAAUGCUGGAAAAAAUACUAAUGGAUCUCAAUUCUUUAUUACUGUUGCAGAGACACCAUUUUUGGACAAGAAGCAUGUUGUUUUUGGACAAGUAGUUUCUGGUAUGGAUGUUGUUCACAAGAUUGAAAAUACAAAGACCGAUAGAAGUGAUGCUCCACUUGAACCAGUCAUCAUUGAAAAUUGUGGUGAAUUAAAGGAAUAA